UUGGUGGAGCCAAGACCACAAAGGGGCAGAGCAAACCAGCCAAAAGCAAACACGUCCCAUCCGGCAUCCGAUACAUGGCUAGUUCUAUGAACAGCAGGAACCGCAUUCGUCGUCGACUGGCUGCGAUAUCCUUUCUGUCCAACAUCUCGCUGGACGGUACCCAUCGGGACACGAAGCUCGGUCCGCUGCACGGAGGCGGAGGCGGAGGCGCAUCACUGGCCGGACGAGCAGGUGGAACAACAGCGGUAAGCCAUACCAGCGCAGCACUAGCGCUGAACAACAAUGAUCUGGACGGUAUCGGCACGUGCAAUGACGAGCCGGGAGAGGAUGGGCUUGACGCGCCUGGGACGGCGGGUGGUGCGGCACCGGCUGAGGGUGCUGCGGCCGGCUUGAGCGGUGGUGGGGCCGGGGCCGCCGCCAACCCGUUGACUGCUGCCGAGGGGCAGCAGCGGGCCCGGGCCAGAACUGGAACGUUUAGCAAAAGUCCCGAACGCUACGCCGGCAAGCGGAUCGACAGCGAGGGCAACAUGGUGGUCAGCAAUGGGUCAUCGGCCAAGGGCACACCGCUGAAGGAUCGUGAAAAUUGGAAUCCAAACGAUGGACGGCUAAACCAUACGGCGGAUAAGCGCUCGCGAGCGAACUCCGCCACGCAGCGUCCAACCGGUGCGAAACGAUCGCUGCUGAUGAAUACCAGUGCCGGAACAAUCGUAACCGGCACCACCACAUCUGGCAGCGGUGGAAAUGGAUCGGAAGAUCCUCAACAACACCGUCCCGGUGCGGGUGCAACCGGAUGGAACACGAACAGCAGCACGGAAAGCCUUAUCCAGGGUCGUCCGAACCGUACCGUCGUUAUAAACGAGCAGGUGGUUGGCGGUGGUUAUCCGCGCGAAGUUCGCUACUACAACCAGAUGGACCUUCGACGCCAUCCGGGCGGAUUUCAGGAGGAUCGCAUUGUGCUGCUGGCAAAGAAAGCACCGUGCCAUAUCUUCUCCGUGUUGCCGUACUGCAAGGGCAAAGCAUCGCGGGCCGAAAUGAGGCGCGAACGGCGUCGCCAUCCGUCCGGCGCACGGCCACUCUCGUCGAUUAAUGAUGCACCGUUCGAUGCAUUCCGGCUGCUCGGGAUCGAGCGGGGUGGUGAAGUUGGGCAGGAAGUCUCGUACGGAUAUCUGUUGAUCCCUUCGAGGGCGUACCAUCGCGAGAAGAAGCACACCGAGAAGGCUAUCAAGAGUGGUGGUGCUGCGUUCGAGAUAACAAACUUUGCCUCAAUGGAGAAUCAUGCCGCGGCACGGUACUAUGAUACGUUGAAUCGUAACAGUGCGGCAAGCCCAUCGCAGACUGCGGGAGGAACAUCCGGUGGAGCGGGUGGUGUUGGUGCAGGAGGUGCGGGUAGUGGACCAUCGUCCGGAUUGCUGGACCUUUCGAAGGAGUACGAAGAUGGAUACACAUCCAUUUCCGGGAUACAAUACUCGGCCAACAUACUGGACGAUCCGGAGCUGAUCGCGGGCAAGCAUCGUACACUGCUCACCUUCACCUCGUACGUAACGUCCGUCAUCGACUAUGUGCGGCCAUCCGAGCUGAAGAAGGAGCUGAACGAUCAGUUCCGGGAAAAGUUCCCACAAAUCCAGCUUACGCUCAGCAAACUCCGAAGCAUUAAACGGGAGAUGAAGCGCAUCAACAAGCUGGACAGCCGUAUCGACUUUCUGACCAUCUCGCAGGCGUACGUCUACUUCGAGAAGCUGAUCCUGUCCAAGCUGGUCAACAAGGAAAAUCGGAAGCUGUGUGCCGGCGCCUGUCUGCUGCUGAGCGCCAAGCUGAACGACAUCAAGGGUGAAGCGCUCAAAAGCUUGAUCGAGAAAACGGAAAGCGUGUUCCGUCUGAACCGUAAGGAGCUGAUCGCUUCCGAGUUUGCGGUGCUGGUUGCGCUCGAGUUUAGCCUGCACGUACCGACGCAGGAAAUUCAUCCACACUAUCAGCGCUUGAUGUACGAAUCAUAGGACC